GGAAGACUUGUUUCAUGGUUCAGCAAGAAACAAAGCUCAAUUGCUACAAGCACUGCCGAAGCUGAAUAUAUAGCUGCAGGCAGCUGCUGUGCUCAAGUUCUUUGGAUGAAACAACAAUUAAAGGAUUAUGGAGAAGAAACAAAGGAGAUUAGCAUACUGUGUGACAACACAAGUGCUAUAGCUAUCACUCAUAAUCCUGUGUUUCACUCAAGAACCAAGCAUAUUGAGAUCAGGCACCACUUUAUCAGAGAGCAUGUUGAGAAGAAAACCAUCAAGCUUGAGUACAUCCCCACCGAAAAGCAGCUGGCUGACAUCUUCACCAAACCAUUGAAUGAAGCUAGAUUCAACCAACUAAGGCAAGAGCUUGGUAUGUUAGAUGAUCUAGAUCAAGUAAGGGAAUAACCCUGCAUCUAUUCAGGGGGAACCUAAUUCCAUAAUCAAGGGGGAAUUCCUAGCCAUCUGCUGAGGGGGAACUAACAGGGGUAGCCAUCUCAGGCUACUCACAAUCCAAAAGGAAUGAAGCAUCAAGGUCCAAGAAGGUCUAUCUCAGACGUUCAAAAGAAAGAGGGAAUCAAAAUUCAAGAAGUAAGCUCAGCAGGUGACUACUCAAGACAGCAGUAGGGUCAGCAGGCAACUGACCAAAUAGACCACUGCUACAUGUGUAACAAGAGGAAUUGAAUUAAUACUUUCAUAAAGAAGAGUACAAGCUUGGAACAAAAAAAAAUGGAGGUAAAGACACUAGUUCACAAAUUCGAACAGAUGUCUGCCAGCAGAUGUCUGCCUCAGGAGCAGAAGCCUGUCUUAGGACAGCAGUUGGCUCACUUUCUGGUCAACAUACAUGAAAUCUCAGCUCGUGGCGUAUAUCAUCUUGAUCUCCCUAUAUCAAGGAUUUCAAAGAACAUCAAAUUUACCCAAGCCAGAGCCCCCUGCUACCAGUAUAAACUCAAUAAAUGCUAGAAGGAACCAGCCGUAUUUUCCAACGGCUAUAUUCCAACGGCUAGUACCCGAUAGCCUAUAAAUAUUUUCUCCGUACAAUCCACCAACACUUUUCACCUUGCAAUCUCUCUACAUCUCUCAAGCUCUCAUACACUCUCUAAGCCUUCUCUAAAAACUCUCAAACACACCACUUCCGCAAUCACCAAAUCUUCUCACAAACCCACAAAUGGCCUCACUCACCAAAAUCUCUAAGUCCAUUUUCAGUGGAGGUAGAAGAUCAACAACCCACUGAGCAACAUGCUGCCACUACUCCACCUCAACCCACUGCUCAGCCCACUGCAACAUAGUGCACACUCUCAAGCAUCUACUCAAAACAUAGAGCAACACUCUCCAACAUUCAUCCUAGAACCUGAAGACAAUGAAGAAGACACUACUACCCUGGCAGGUGUCUUCAUCAAAGAAAGAAGGGCUACCACACAAUUCAUUAGCCGCGCAGAGGUCCGACUACACAAAAGACUGAUCAAGAUGAAAAAGCAGCUAGAGGAAAGGUUGGACAUCAGAUUUGGAGAAAUCCACAGUCAUAUACGAAAAGACUCCAUGAUCCAACAAGUAUUCAAUGCUGAGCAAAGAGCUCUCCUCAAAACAAGAACCUCCCAGCAGUCAGCUCUUAAUACAGAGAUCAAGCAGGAGCUUGAUGCACUCAAAGCCCGAAAUGAGGAUCUCGAAAGACAGAUACUAGAACUUCAAAGGCAACAAAAAGAUCAGCCAACUGUAGCAGGACCAUCUGAUCAGGUACCUUCCCUAACUUCUCCUCCACCUACCCUCGAUCAGGCUCUUAAACAGGUUCAAGAACAUGAAGAGUACCUCCUGAAACUAAGGAAUGAGGAGUUCCCUGCCAUGUUCAAGCUCUCUCAGAAAUUCCUUAUGGACCAGCAGGCUCAUGCUAGAGCCUAUGAACAGCUCACUAAAGACGUUGCUCACAACUUUCAAGUUCUUCAAAAGGCUACUCAGGACACCUUUUGGAAGCAAGGGUCUGACUUUCAGAAACUAGGUCAGAGCCUAGUAGCUACACAGGACAAGCUUCAAAGAUUAGAGAAUGAGGUCAAAGAUGAAGUCAAAACAGAUCUUUUGGACGUCAAUAAUCAUAUCAAGGCCCUGUCCAUCGAAGUAUAUGGUCUGGAUCCAUCAAGGAGGCAAAUUGAAGAUCCUGACUCUGACCCAGAAAUAGAAGCACUCUUCAAAGAGAGUGAGACCCCUGCUGAUGAUGCCAAAAAGGGGGAAAGGACAACUCAAGCAGGUUCCUCCUCCUCCAGAUCAGCAGCAGCAAAGAAAGCAGCUGCAACAAGAAGAAAAAACAAACUCUACAAAGAAGAAGCUGAGAUAAGAAGAAGAAAGGAAGAAGAAGCCAAAGCCAAGGAAGAAGCUGCUAAGAAGAAACAAGAAUAGACCAGUUCUCAAGUCCGAAAGUGACUAAAAACUAUUGUACUUUAGACUAUAGACCAAUGUACAAUACUCUCAAUACAAAUCAAUAAAAACAGUUGUUUCUUGUGUUGUAUAGUUUUGGCAUCAUCAAAAAGGGGGAAAUUGUUAGUCUCCAAUUUUGAUAGAUUUUGAUGAUGCCACUAUACUAAACAAAUUUACAUUGAGUCUUAUUUUCAGAAGUAACAUUUAAAUUUAAAUCAUAAGUGACAAAAAUAAAUGUACAAUCUUUAAGAUUAAUGAUAUAUUACCGGAUACAUAAAAAUGCAAUAAGGUAUCUUUUUACCUUCAUAGGAAAUUUAAAUCCUACCGGCAUAUAUCAUUUUACUCAAAGAUUAAAUAUAGGUCACAUUUGAGAUGCUCGAAUACAUUGAAUAUUGAUUGGAAGACAAAAAUUAAAUACACGGUCCUACAGCAUGGGAGGACUUCUUGGAGUGAAGCUGCAGCGGCUGAAGACACACCCAUACCGCAGCCCAAUCAUUCAAGACAGAAAACAAAAAUAUUAAAAGCUCCUGCACAAGACGACAAAUGUACAAUUCGUCCUUGCCAGACCCUCAACGCACAAGAUUAAUCCAUCUCAACCAACGGAUGAGAUUGAUCAACCAUGAAGGCCUAUAAAUAUAGGUAGAAGCAUGAGUUCAAAAACAAGCUUGAGCAUUCUAAGCAGAGAAAUACUUUCAUCAAAGCAUAUACGAAGCUAUCUAGCAAAAAGAGAAAGUGCAAACUCAACUUUACUCUCUGCUUAGCCUCAUGCUUCACUAAGCUCUUAGAUUAGAUCAACACUUUCACAUUUUUAGAGCUUAGUUCAUAGUUGGAGGUUAGAACUUUCUUGUAACAUUUCACAAGUGGUUGUAAACACUUAGGAGAACAGUUGUUCGGAUCCUAAAGUGUAGUUAGAUAGAUAGAG